GGUUUCUGUGCUGUAGCUAAUAGUCGCUCUGUAGGUCUAGGUGAAAUGUGUCCUUUGCUUACGAGUGACCUUCUCUCUCUCUCUCGUCCCUCCUCCCAAUGCGCCCCCCCCCGGUAUUCGAUAGAAAAGGGGUUGAUGUUCUAGGGAAGGGCUUUGCGUGCGCCUGGCGGGGGUGCAAUUAAUUGCUCCUGGAUUUUUAGGCAGGCGGGCGAGCCAUGACAUCACGCCUCACCCUCCUCCAUGCAAACACACAAAGGCAAGAGGCAGCUGCAGAAGAAAAGUGCCGCCGCCGAUGAUGUUGCAGAGAUCGCCCAGGAGACCCGGCACUGCCGCUCCUGUUUCUUUCUUCUUCUUCUUCUUCUUUCUCCUCCUUCACCGCUGCCGCUAAACUGCCAGCCAGCUCGCCGCCACCAGCACCACCUUGAAGCUGCCUGGAUCUCCCCCAUGCAGACGGCCCUGGCGUCGAUCCGUGGGGAAAAGAGAACCAGCAACGCCCGCGCCGCACAGCAUGCACUGGGGGGUUGGCUUCGCCUCGUCCAGGUCGUGCGUGGUGGAUCUAAGCCGGAAUCAGAGCCUCUGGUGCGCGGGAUCCGACGAUCACUUCUCCUUUUAUGGGGAGAUCAUCGCUUUCCCUCUGCAGGAUUACGGCGGGAUCAUGGCAGGGCUGGGGUCUGAUUCGUGGUGGAAGAAAACCCUUUAUUUGACAGGGGGAGCCUUGCUUGCCGCCGCUGCAUAUCUGCUCCAUGAACUCCUGGCCAUUAGGAAAGAGCAAGAGGUUGAUUCAAAAGAUGCUAUCAUACUGCAUCAGUUUUCAAGGCCAAACAACGGUAUCCCCAGUUUAUCUCCUUUAUGUUUGAAAAUGGAGACAUACUUACGGAUGGCUGAUUUGCCCUACCAGAAUUAUUUUGAUGGAAAACUUUCUCCUCAAGGGAAAAUGCCAUGGAUUGAGUACAAUCGUAAAAAGGUAUCUGGCACAGAGUUCAUUAUUGACUUUUUGGAAGAGAAACUUGGAGUGAAUUUAAACAAACACCUUGGCCCUCACGAAAGAGCUGUUUCUAGAGCAGUAACAAAAAUGGUGGAGGAGCACUUCUACUGGACCUUGGCAUAUUGCCAGUGGGUGGACAAUCUCCAUGAGACCCAGAAGAUGCUUUCUCUGAGCGGCCCCUUUAGUGACCUGCUGAAGUGGAUUCUGUGCCAUAUAACCAAAGGAAUUGUGAAGCGGGAAAUGUACGGCCAUGGCAUUGGGCGCUUCUCUGAGGAAGAGAUAUACAUGUUGAUGGAGAAAGACAUGCGCUCUUUAGCAGGUCUUCUGGGUGAUAAAAAGUACAUCAUGGGACCCAAGCUUUCUACUUUAGAUGCCACAGUGUUUGGGCAUCUGGCACAGGCCAUGUGGACGUUACCAGGAACUAGGCCUGAGAGGCUAAUUAAAGGAGAACUGAUUAACCUUGCUAUGUACUGUGAGCGAAUAAGGAGGAAAUUCUGGCCCGAAUGGCACCAUGAUGAUGACAACACUCUAUACGAGUCGGAAGAAAGCAGUGAGGCAAGUAAGACUCACCCCUUGCAGGACUUCAGUUUUUACUCAAGGACAGAAACCUUUGAAGAUGAGGGCACCGAGAAUAGUUUUUCCCGAACGCCUGACACUGAUUACACUGGACAUUCCCUCUUUGAUUCUGACGUGGACAUGGACGACUACACAGAUCAUGAACAAUGCAAGUGACGUGUUUACAAAAUGCUUCUCCGUCUUGUGUCAGAAACACCAUUGCCUCUUGUGAAUCAUGCCAAUUGCUCCAGGUUCUUAAGAGGCCCAUAUUGCUUGGGAAGAGACUAUUGUGUCUGAUGCCAUGUUCACAUGCUAUCUGGACCCUUUCAGCAUUGUUUCAUUUCGUUAAAGCAUUCCGAUGGAUCCUAGAUAAACAGUUUUUAAUUCUGCUGAACAGGAUGGCAAAAAGUUGAUGAGGAAGGUAAUGGGUUGGGUGGGGAUUUGUGUUCGUGGUUUUUUUUUAUUUAAAAAAGAACAUUCCAGAAUGAUGUGGACCAGCCAAUGAUAAGCAGAGCAAAGCAUUGAGGAAGGCUCAAUGUUUGGGCUGAUAUUUUCCUGGAAACAGACUGAGGACAAAAAGGGAAGAGGGGUUGUUAAGACAAUUGUCUGCCUAAUACAUCACAGCAAUGGCUGAAUGCGGUCAACACAGCAAGGGAUUAUAAUAUUCUUUUUUCUCCUCAUGGCUUCCUGCACUUUGGGAAUGCCAGGUGACGGCCUGCAUUUUAUGUAUGCAGAUGCCUUCAACAGAUGCGCUAAAUAUCAAGUCUCCAAUUUCAAAGGGAGACAGUCAACAAAGACAAAAAGAAUGAUUCUCCCCCAUUCAAAAUCUAGCUAUUUGAGGAUUUGCUUGACUAUUUCUGAUUUAUUUGGGUACCAUCUAAAACAGGGAUGCUGCACAAGUUUUGGUUUUAGCCUGUCCUUAUCAGUAUAAAAAAGCCUGUUGCUAACAUGCUGUCACUCUAUAAUGUGACCAAGAAACAGAACCCAGGAUCAGGUUAUGCAGCUGAAGGGAUUGGACAGUGCAGUUAAAGCAGACUUAAUUCUCAAUGGGAAUCCCACUGAUUUUCAAUGGGAAUGAUUAAUCAGGGGCCAGUGCAGGUUUAGGCUCAGGCCCCCUACACUGAAGACUAUAGCCUUUUCCUUUCUCCUAUAUAAAUUAAUGGCUGCCUUUCUCUCUGGUGGGGACAAGAGCAGUGCUCCACUUUGGAGACCCGGGUGCAGUAAAAGCAAAGCUCUCCACCCCUGCAAGUGCCUGUCCCUCACUAACUAGGAUCCUGCACUGGGCUGCAUCUUUCCCCACCACCCCAGCAUUCUCCCAGUAUACAGGCCUUCCCUCUGCAACCCCGCCCCCCCGUCUGUCAUAAUGAUGGACUUCUUGCUAGAAAAAUCAUCACAAUAUUCAGCACAAGGAGGUUUGGACAACUUAUGUGUAUUUGUAGUUUGCUCCAUCUGUGUUUCUUAGGUCCAAAUUGGAUGUUUGCAAUGUAUACUGUUUAUUACGGAGCUGUGAGUAUAGUGCAGGGAAUAAUUUGUGGAAAGAGGUCCUUGGACUCAGACCUAACUGGGAAGUUGGAUCUUCUGCUCUUGAGCACCUGACCUGGAAGUAUUUGUUGGGGUUAGUUUGGUUACAUGAAAUAUGUGCAAAGACUUGAUUAUCUCUGUUAUGUCACAUGCUGCAGAAUACAUAUCUGGCUUUGGAGAUACCUUGGAAUUCAGCUCUGGUGAGCUUUGACAACAGUUAAGUGCUGCCAUAGGGUCUGUCUGUACUGCACAUGUUUGGGAUUGUAAUUUUGUUGGGUUUUUAAAAUUUUCUCUCCCCCAUGUCACUUCCCUCGCCUUUUUGCUCCCCCAAAGUACCAAACCUUUUGUUCUGGUUGAAUGAAUGUUGAUAGUAAUCAAUUGCCAAGGUAGAGUCCACACAGAUGCAAAUAAGGGAAUAUAAUGAAGAGAAGACAGGUGCUCUCCUUCUCUCUUAACCCAAACAGGUUGUAACCCUAUACUUAUGGAAUCAUGGGAUAGUACUUUGUUUUUUGUAAACCUGUUUUAAUGACUCUUUGAGUGCUUGGAGAUUUCUAGAUAACUGGAACAAGUCAAACCUUGCAGCCAUAAAGGUGCAUCCAGAUGGCAACCAACCAUCUCCCCACUAAUUCCUUGUUAGGCGCACUAAUGAGCAACCAGGAGCACAGGAAGUGUCUUUCCCCCCUGAGAUGUUCUUGUGCUCAUUGCCAGAAACAAGCUAUGCUGACUACAUAACCUGUGAUGGUCUCUGUAGGGUGUGUAAACAUGUGCAACCUGAAGCCCCUGGUAUGAGAUGCAUUGAUACAGUGUAUCUGUUCUUCUAAUUAAAGUCACAUGGAUGUGCCUUUAGGUGUGCUAACUUGUAACUAAUCUUCUGAAUGGGACUGUGAGCUUGCAGCUACCUCUGCCAGCUUCUGCCUUGUAGGAAUUCACACAUCUUGGACAAAAUGUUUAGCUGGCUCUCCAGAGAACCUUUAAACCUCUUUGGGCUUGCCUGGUCAGGAUUUACUAGAGAAGCAUUGCCAGUCCUCAGAUGAAUGGUAAUUGAAAUCCUUUGUCAGUAUCCUUAGAGGAAUGCAGUUUUCUUCCAUAGGCUAGGUAUUCAUGGUGGAUGUCCUACAGUCCCAUUAAUACUACUCAGAGUAGUAAUCUUCUUGGGUUCAGCAGUAUAUGGAAAUUACUGCUUUCCAAAUCUGCAGUAUAAUCUUAUGCUGCUGCAACCAGUUGACGUAUUGUAUUCAGUGGAAUGAUUCUGAAGCAAAUGGUUUGAGGAGCACAGCCUUUGUGCUUAUAAUUCUAGGUAUCAACACUGUUUUGAGGAAAAAAACAUCGUGGGGAAAUAUAGACGUUGGAGAAUUUGUCCACAGGAUGGAAUUCUCCAUGCCUUGUAGGAAGGUGGUGUGAAAAACUGAGGGAUGGAGAUGAAAUUUUAAAAAAUGAAAUACAGUAGAUAAAUUGGACCCCAUGACCAUUUCCACCCUUUGUCUAACAUUGUCCUUAAGGAUCUUGGAACUGCAGCUAGUGCACUGCUGUUUGCUUGCUAAAGCAGUAGCUGAUGCUGUCCACCUGACUGUGGAUAUGAGGUAUGGUUUCCCCCCCCCGAAUCCCAUAGAUGUUAUGCUACCUUUAUGUGAUUUCUUAUUCUAGACAUCUUUACAAAUGUAUAGGACAGCUUCACACAAUCUCCUGCAAGUCGGUAAGCCAGUAACAUUCGGGAAAGAGACAAGAUGCAGGUAUGUGUGCUUCCAGCGGGCACAGUGUCUGAAGCCACCCAAAUCCAAUUCCUGCCCUCGAGAAGCUACUGAAUUUGUCAAGCCAACUUCAAAUCUUGAUGACAGAAGUCAGUAGAAUCUCAGUAACAGUCAUGGAAACUGGACUUGGUCGGCUUCAGAUGACAUGCCCAUCUGGAGCACAUCCUGAUCUUUUAGCUACAUGUUACCAGUUUACCAACUUGCAGUGGAUCAUGUGAUACUGCCCAUAUUAUUUUGAAAUGAGUUGGAGGUACAAGUGAAUCACAUAUGGUUAUCUAGAGGUCCAGCGCCGCUCCCCUGGGGGACCUUGUUGGCAAACUAAGCACAAUAAUAGGACACGAAAGGGAUCAAAACUUAGAAAUAGUGAUGGUUAUAAACCAAUCCCAGGUCAUAAAAGAUUAACGGCACCAGAAGUAAACCAGGCAUGUAUUUGCUUAAAACUACUUAUGCUGGCCAAGGAACUUGCUUUCCGUACAAAUGUCAAAUAGGUCUUGAGUCUUAUGUUCAAAUCAUAUUUCAUCAUUUAUAUAGAACUAAAUGUGCAAAAUGCUUUACAGUUUUUAUAUUGUUUGUCUUUACAACAAAUCUAUGAGUUAAAUCACUAUUAUGUCUGUUUUAUAGAUGGAGGGAACGAGGCUGAGAAAUAGUAUAUUGCCAAAACAAAUCAAUCGGUGGUUGAGAAGAGGUUUGAACUCAGAUCUAACGCUUUAUUAAUUUUGACUACAGUGGCUCUUUAUCUUUAAAAAUUAAAUGUAUAUCAUUGAUGUCAUAUUUUGAGUGAAGAGAUAUUUGCAAAAUGCCAGCUUGUUUAGGAUGACAAAUCUGUCUGUAGUCAUGGUGGAUGACAUAUGUAAGAUUGGUAGUGAUUCUUAUUUAUUUUAAGGGACAUCUUUUGAUUUAAUUGCCAUCAAAGAGAGCAUCAUAUUCCUAUCAAACAUAAAGGAUCCCCCCACGCCCACUCUGAAACUGCACAGUGCAGUUCUAACCACAUCACGAUGGCUAAAAAUGAUGGCAGGCAUCCCAAGUGCUAGUGCUACAGGAGUGGGGUGAUUUUCAUAGAUCACCUUGAGGGAGAUGCAUGACCCCCAGGGAUGUAUUUUCAGAGGGCACAGUGGGCUUCAGAGAGGAGAUGGUUGAAAGUUGCCCCUCUCAUGAACUAUGAGCUGCUCAUCUGCUACACGAUCACUUCAUUAGUCUGGAUGCUGAUCGCUGACAACAAUUUGCUGUAUUUAAACAGAAUCUAGCAUUGUAGUCUUUCUUCUUUUUGUAUACUUGAUCUGGUUUAUAACCUCAUCUGCAAUGCAGAGAUCAGUUCAAUGAACUUGGUAAGGGUUUUGGCUCCUGGAAUUUCCCCAAUCUCUGUUUAUCUCAACUGUUAUUUGAAAUGUAGUAUGGGAACUGUAGCUGGUCUCAGGUCCAUAGAAAAUCUAAUCACAGAGCAUGUCCGUUAUCCUCCUAGUGAUUAGUAUCCUUUUAGAAGCAGAAAUUGAGUCAUCUGCAAUGUUUGGUGGGGGUGGGGAUAACAAGGUCUCCAUUUUUCAUUUUCUGAUUCCAACUAUGCCUAAAAAGGAGAAAGGAAGCAACAGCAAAAAAUCCUUUGUGCCUUGUCUGUAAUCUUUUCAGUUGGUGAUUAACACCAAUGGAGGCCUUAAGUACUGGUAAGUUUGGAAGAAUCUUGCUGCUUUCCAAGGGCCAGGCAGCCUUUUGAACACAGGGUUUUGUCUUUGUGAGGCAGUUCAGCCUGGGCUUGUUUGUGCUCCCCCCCCCCCCAGUGAUGGGAGGGAGGGUGGGCUUGGAAGGGGCUGCAGGUGGAGGAGGCAAAACUCUCAGGGCGGCACACAGGAUCACUCUGCUUCUACAAUGGGGCUGGGAUCUGUUUCCUCUGUUUGUUUUAAGUUAUGAAUGUAUUUAUUGCUUUUCUGUGUUACAGAACACUCAAAGGAACUUACAAGUAUGACACGUUAAAAAAUAUUUAAAACGUAGAUAAAAAUAUACAGCAUAUUAUCAUUGAGAACUAAACAAUACAUAACAUAACAGCAGCAACACGUCCCUCAGUGACUGGACAAAGCCUUCAGAAAUUCAAAAAUGUUUGCCUGCUGACGGAAGUUGUAGAGGGAGCUUGCCUAUUGGCUCCCACUAGGAAUUACAAAUUUAUUUAUUUAUUUAAAACAUUUAUAUACCACCCAAAGCGCAAGUCUCUGGGCAGUUUACAACAAAAAUUGUGGGCACUAUGACACAAAAGGUCAUGCCCUGCCCCCUUCCACCCACCCCUGUUGAGUUGAUCUAACCUAGGAGGAGACUCUGAGCAAGUUGGCAUCCCUAGAUCUCACAGGAUGGGGCAGGGGAUGGCAGAAGGUGCUCCCUAGGGGAUGCUAGAUCCAGGCCAUUUGGAACUUUCACGAUACAAGCUUAUACCUUGAACUGUGUCCCAAAAAAUUCUGGACACUAGGGUUGAUCUGAAAAUUCUCUUAGAAGCAGUUUUGAUGAAAAGAGAGGAAGCUGCAUAGAUUCGAGGGGCAAAGGACAAAAGAGGAUGAUUUCAGAGAUGGAUGAGAAAGUCAGUACAGUUUUAAAGGAGGAUGUCUAGCUGCUGUUUGGCAGUGGCGUUUCUUUAAUUACAGUUCGUGCUGCAUUUUUGUAGGUGGCAGGGCCAACAAAGCUGGAAGUGCUAGACCUCUUCCUGGUAGCCGGCUCUAUCCUGCUGCUGCCCCCCGCCCGAGUGUCCUCGGAAUUAUGCUACACCAUGACAUAGUCUCAUUUCUGGGGCAUUCUGCGAAAAGAAAAAAGGUCAUAGAUGGAGUCAGCCACCAGGAGAAGACCCAAUGUUGCCACUGCUGCUACUGGCCACAGAGGUGUGUCAUAAAAUAUUCCUAAAAAAAAAAAAAAGGACACCCACUACCACCACUAGCCAACAGUAAGUUGUUCCUCCAUGAAACAUUACGAAUUUUGGACUUCCAUGCUUAAAACACUGAAUUGGUCUCUCAUUUUCACCAGCGGUAAAUGGUGAAAAUGCCUGUUUGGAUCAGCAUGAGUCCAAGGGAUUUUCUAGGAAAACAUGGUAGCUGUUAAUUGGAUGAGAAAUUCCUCUGGGGGAAAAAAAGAGACAGAUGUCGAUGGAGUGAGAAAUUUCUCUGAAUUUCAAAGGCCUCCCUGACAAAUUGCUGAAAUUGUGCUUCCCCCCACCCCCGCCCGCCACCUACUCACCACCUGAGAACUUGGUGGAGAAAAUGGGAGAGAUGUUUUGGUGGAAUUCUGCUGGAGGCCAGUGCAGAUUAUCCAGGAUCAGGGCAAUGUGCUGUUUUAUCUGUCUGUCAGUAAAUGGAUAAUUCUAGCUGAAAUUUCAGGGGCAUCUUCAGAGAAAGUCCCACAUAGAGAUCACUGUUGUAGGUUACUCAUCUAUUCAUGAUGGUGACCAGAACCCCAUCUGGAAGCUGGUUAAAAGUAUAAAAGUACUGCCAUAUGUGCAUGCAAGACCACAGCCUGUUGCUGUGUACCUCUUUUUAGAAUGAGAGUGUGAUCCAGUCUGCAGUAGGCAAUGCUGCCCCAUCAACAAUUACACCUCCUGUCUUGUCAGCUUUCAGUUUCUUAGCUCUUAUCCAUGGGCUCUUCCAAAUGGUGAUUUCUUUCAACUUCAGCACCAAUUCCAAAGAGAGAUGUAGCAAACUGACCACAUGAUGACAUUCAAGGACAUCAUAUAAGUUCUUAGUAGCAUUUGCUGGCAAUGUGUGAAAAAAUGGUGUGUCUUUUCAAUGCUACUUUUAUUUUGCAUUUUUCAUGGAUUGGCAGUGGAUGGCAUUAAGAACUUUAUGUGACACCUUUGAAUGUCAUGUGGGUGUCUCAUUACGGAUCCUCCCAUCAGAAUUUGGCCUGAAGUUGGAGUAAAUCACCAUCUGGAAGAGCUGCAUGUCUGAAUUGCCCGGGCUUCUGAGUGCCAGCCAUGUGAAAAGGAAAGUGCCUCUGUAGAAUUUGGGGACCUUUAUGACUCUUCUGCAGGGUUACCUCAUGAUAUAUAGAAAUGGCAAAGCCUCACCUACCUUGCAGCUUUUAAGAUGGUUGACUUUUGCUCAUGGUGGUGAUGGGCAGGGGGAUUGGCUUAUGCAUUGGAGCUAAGAGCAUACAGCUCCCAUUUUAGGAGCUUUAUGCCAUUAGCAUGAUGUCUGCUUUUGAAUGAUUGGGGCUGCUUUCCCUUCAGAAAGGACGGUGAUGACAGAAUGGCUUGAGGGUUGUGAUUCUAGCUGUUGGCUGAAUUUAUUGCAGUUCACAUUUUUGAUUGAUUGAUUAAGUGCCGUCAAAUCGGUGUUGACUCUUAGAGACCACGUAGAUAGAUUCUCUCCAGGAUGAGCUGCCUUAUACUUAAAGCUGCCUUUAAGGUCUUUCAAUGGUCAUUCACUGCUGUUGUAAUUGAGUCCAUCCACCUUGCUGCUGGGCAUCCUCUUCUUCUCUUUCCUUCAACUUUCCCCAGCAUUAUGGACUUCUCAAGGGAGCUGGAUUUUCGCGUAAUGUGUCUGAAGUAUGAUAGUUUGAGCCUGGUCAUUUGUGCCUUGAGUGAAAAUUCUGGAUUGAUUCGUUCUAUGAUCCAUUGGUUUGUUUUCCUGGCUAUACAUGGUAUCCUCAAAAGUCUUCUCCAGCACCAAAGUUCAAAAGCGGCAAUACUUUUUCUAUCUUGCUUCUUCAGAGUCCAGCUUUUGCAUCCAUAGAGUGUCACGGGAAAUACUGUUGUCAGAACAAUUCUAAUCUUUGUAGGUAUAGACACAUCACGGCAUCUAAAUAUCCUUUCCAAGGCCUUCAUUGCAACAUUACCAAGUGCUAGUCUGCUGGCGUAUUUCUUGGCUGCUGGAUCCUUUACUGUUGAUGGUCGAUCCUAAAAGGCAGAAGCUAUCCACCACUUCAUUGACUUCACUAUCAGUUCUGAGGCUGGUUGCUGUACCCGUUGUCAUUAGUUUAGUAUUCUUUACAUUUAGUCGUGGUCCCAUUUUUUCACUGUGCUCCUUGACUUGCAUUUUUAGAGCUUGCAGAUCAUCUGCAUUCUCAGCUAUCAGAGUGGUCAUCAGCGUAGUGCAGGUUACUGAUGUUUCUUCCUCCAAUUUUAAAACCACGCUCAUCUUCUUCCAAUCCAGCUUCUCUCAGUAUAUGUUCAGCAUAUAAAUUGAAUAAAUAAGGAGAAAGUAUACAGCCCUGUCUUACUCCUUUGCUGACCUGGAACCGGUCUGUUUCACCAUGUUCUUUCUGGACUGUGGCAUCCUGUCCUGUGUAUAGGUUUCUAAUGAGAACAAUGAGAUGUUCUGGGAUGCCCAUUUCCCUAAAGACAUUCCACAACUUGACAUGGUCGAUGCAAUCGAAGACUUUUCUGUAGUUAAUAAAGCACAUAUUUACUUCUUUCUGGUAUUCUUUGGCUUUCCCAAUUAUCCAGUGUGCAUCAGCAAUGAUGUCUCUUGUUCCUCGGCCUUUUCUGAAACCAUCUUGAACAUCUGGCAUUUCCCUUUCCACAUAGGGCUCUAAUCUGCAUUGGAUGAUCCUGAGCAUUAUUAUGCUAGCAUGUGAAAUCAAGGAUAUUGUGUGAUGGUUUGUGCAAUCUGUUAAGUCUCCUUUCUUUGGUUUGGGUAUGUAGACUGACCUCUUCCAAUCUGUUAGUCACUGUGGUGUUCUCCAAAUUUACUGGCACAGUUUGGUUUAGAGCCUUGACAGAUUCUUCUGUUGCCUGUCAUAUUUCUGUAGUAGUACCAUCAAUUCCUGUAGCCUUCUGACUCGGUAAUGACUGGAGUGCUGAUCUAACUUCAUCUUCCCAAACUAGAGGUUAUUGCAAGCAGGGGAUACCUUCUAAAGUAUCUUGGAUGUUGAUGUCCCUGCUGUACAGGUUUUCAGUAUACUCUUUCCAUCUCUGUUUGUUCUUCUCUGAAUCAGUUACUAUCUGUCAUUUGGCAUCCCAUAACAUACCAAUUUAAGGCUGGAACUUCCUUCUGAGUUCAGAGAUCUUUUGGAAAACUUUCCUUGUUUUUCUGUGUCUAUUAACAUCCUCGUGGUCUUUACAGAUGUCACUGUAGUACUGCUCCUUGUCUAUUCUAAGAGCUUUCUGAAAGUUCCUUCCUGAGGUCUUUAUCUUCCUUUACUUUCGCUUCUCACCUCUUAUUGGCAAUUUCAGUUGUCUAUUCUUUCAUCCAUUUUGCUUUCUUCUGUUUCUUGGUCUAUAGCACUCUUUUUUCACAUUCGUCCUUUACCAUUUCUUUGAUUUUAUUCCACAGCACCUCUGGUUGUCUAUCAAUUAAGUUCAGAACUUCAAAGUGGUUCCUGAUAUUCUUCUUGAAAAUGGUGUGUACAUUCUCAGAAUCAUAUUAUGGAAACUAAAUAGCUUUGUUUUUCCACUUUAGCUUGACUUGGAACUUGCACAUGAGCAGUUUGUGAACUAUUCCACAAUCGGCCUCCAGCCAUGUCUUUGCUGUUAUAACUGAGUUCUUACACCUCCUUGCACCAAUAAUGUAAUCAGUUUGAUUUCUGUGUACUCCAUCUGAUGAUGUCCAUGUGAAUAGGCACCACUUUGGUUGUUUGAAGAACAUGUUAGCAAUGAAAAGAUCAUUGGAUUGGCAGAAACUAAUAAGUUGUCGUCCUGCUUCAUUUCUGUUUCCUAGGCCAUACAGUCCGACAGUGUUUCUCUCCUUACCACUUCCAACUUUGACAUUCCAGUCUCUAACCACCAGCAACACAACUUAAUUGCAUGUUCUGUCAAUUUCAGACUGAACUUGAGCAUAAAACUCAUCAGCUUCCUCUUCUUCUGCAUCAGUUGUUGGGGCAUAGACUUGAAGAACUGUCAUGUUAAAGGGUUGUCCAUGAAAUCUGGUUGAUAUUAGUUGGUCACUGACCACAUUGUACCCAAGUACUGUCAUUGCCAUAUCCUGCCUUAUGAAAGCAACAGCAUUCCUUCUUUGUUUCUUGUGUCCUGAGUAGCAAAUGGUAUGCUGCUCUGACUGAAAGUGUCCCAUUCCAGUCCAUUUUAAUUCACUGAUGCCCAAGAUGUCAAUCUCUGGUCGAUUCAUUUCGUCUUUCACUGUGUCGAGCUUUCCCAUAUUCAUGCUUCUUACGUUCCACAUUCCCAUUUUAAUUCUGUCUUUGCAGCUUUGGAUUUUCUUUUUCCACAUGGUAACAUUAGCCUCUAAACGUCCAAAAGGCUUUAGCCUAACCACUUCAUAAACGCCAUCAGUACUCUGAGAGAUUCUCAGCUCUUCCUCAGCAGCAUCUUGACUACCAUCUGACCUGAGGGGCCCAUCAUCUGGCACUACAUCGACAAUCAUUCUAUCUUGUCUAACCAUGUGGUUUUCUUGGUAAAAUACAGGAGUGGUUUACCAUUGCCUUCUCCCGUGCAGGAUGAAAUGAUGCCUUUGUCAUUGUCACAAAAAUACUGUCCUUCCUAUAUCGCUGCUGCCCAAUAUAGGUGCCUGCUUGCUUUAGCUGGGCAGCUGGGAUUAUCUUUGCACCUUGGGUGACCCUACUGGGAGCAUACCUCCUGGCGUACUUCACUCAUCCCUCUGAGGAACUCCACCCCCACCCCCAGCCACGAUGAGGCAGCGUAGCAGGACUUGGGUGUGUGUAUGUCACAGUUUUACAUUCUUUGAAAUAUGUUAAAGUAUUUCAUAUGAUAGGUAUAUCCAGAUGGUAGUUUCCCACAGGACACCACUGGGAGAAUCACAAGGGCAUCACAAGCGCUUCAUGGAAAUGCCAGUAUGUCCACGAAGCAGUCUGUCCAAAUAACAUUCCCACACUUAAUGUAGGCUUAUGAUACUAAAACAGUACAUCAUCUAAUCUCCAAAAUUAUAGCAAUCUGGAUGUGCCCGCAGAAAGGAAGCAUUGGGAUAUUGUCUUCCUUUUAAUUCCGGGUUAUAAGAAGAUUGUAUAAUACUGCCUUUAGCCUGGAUGAGAAAUCACAUCACUGGUGCAUAUCCCUUUGAAACUAAUUGGACUUGUGUUAGUGGAAAAGACUGAGGAAGUAUUUGGUUUUUAAAGCUGCCUGCCUGAAAAAUUUACUUGAAACGUUUAAAGCACAAUUUCUUUUCCUUUUGUCCAUCUGUGCAGCAAUCUUUUGAAAAACUACUACCCAAAGUGUCUACAAAUACCACAGCAUCAUUUUGGUAGCCCAUGAUGUUUGUUAUCUGCAUUGUUUUCUGUUUAUAAGAAAUGUGUGAAUGUAUUUAUCAGAUCACAUGCCUUUCAUUUCUUAGGGAGAACUCUGGUUAUUUUGAAGGAAUAAAUUUAGGGAGUUUUUUGUGUUUUGUUUCCUGUUAUACCAAUAGAGUUUAAACUGAAGAAAAUACGUGGGUAGAGGCAGCUAUGCAUGUACACACAUCUGUCUUGGAACUCUAUAGACAUAGUUCUAAAACAUAGUUGGAAAUCUUGCUUCUGUUGCAUAAAUAAAUGCAACUUUUCUCUUAACAUUGGGAAGUCUUAAACAAGGAGACAGAUCAUAUUGUGGUGAUGGCUGAUCUGGUACCUUUUAAAAACAGACACAUCUAUGGUUACUGUUUUCUUAAAUGCAACUAGGAAGAAGGCUGCACCACAGGAAGAAAAGACAAAGCUAAAAGAUGCAAAAGGAUUAAUAGACAAAUGUGGCUAAACAUCUUUCAGAUACCCAUGUUCUUCCUUGAGGGGACAUUGUUCAACACUUAUACCAUUAAUCAUUUUUAAAACGGCUUCUUUCUCCAGGAGUCUAUCUAGAUGACAAUUUAUUUCAACAUUAACAUAGAUUGCAAUGAUUUUCUGGGGCAUCCAAAUUACCUUUAAACAUUUUGCAUAAUUUCUUAGCGCCAUCUGCUGGCAAUCUGUGAAAAACCUUUUAAUCUGUCCCUUUUAAAAUACUACUUUUAUUCUGACUAGAAAAAUAAAAGGGUUUUUUUUAAUGGAUUGUCAGUAGUUGGCGCUAAGAAAUUACUCAAUGUGUUUAAACAUCAUUUGGUUGCUCCAGAAAAUCUUUCAUUGGAAUUUGUGUUUAUGUUGGAAUAAAUUGUUAUCUAGAUAGACCCCAGGGUGAAGCUCAAAAGAACAGCCCCUUUUGGCAAGCUGCCCUCCUCAGGGGCACAGAUCAAAAGCUGAAUGUACAUGAGAGAUCACAUGACCUCUCUAAUCAAUUAAUGACAAAGUCACAGUGCAGAAUAAAAAUGAUGAUGAAUGCAAACUAAUUCUGUAGGAAGGAAAUGAAUUCAGACAGGCCACAAAAACAAAACCAUAAUGAAUAAUAAAAUCUCGUGUAACAUAAUAAAACAGCUACGAGCCAGUCUUCUUGUAUAAAGCCUAGAGUUGUAAUAUGAAAUAAGCUGGGAGUUAAAAUGCAGUAUACGGAACAAGCAAAAAUGAUGCAAUAAUUUUCAACUCUGUAACUUCACUAAACAAAAAACAAUAAUGAGAAAAUCUGUUGUACAAAUCCAGGAGUAAACACAGCAUAAUAUAAUGUAAUGGAAGUACAGACAUAGAAACUAUCUAUCUAUCUAUCUAUCUAUCUAUCUAUCUAUCUAUCUAUCUAUCUAUCUAUUUAUACUAGUCGACCCCCACACAGAGCAUCUGUGCACUCUUGGGGGCUGACUACCUCUCCCCACCCACCUGCCCCAGUCUCCGGCUGGGCCCAGUCUCUGGCCGGGCCGAGUGCCACCAUGGCAGCCGAGGUGCCAUUGCUGCGGCCGGGCCCACCGCUGCCUCACCUCCGCAGUCGCCCGGCCAGCCAAUUCUCCUGGGUGCGCCUCAGCCAAUCAAGCGCCUCUGCCACUCAGCCAAUCAGCUGGGUGCUGGGAUGCACAUUCCAAGGCACACCCAGGAGAAUUAAUAUUAUAUACAUACACACACUCACACAUACACAUGCCAAUAAAUAGAACAUACUAAUGCUUAACAAAUAACAUAAGAAAAACCAUGAAGGCAAUGAUAGUUGCUCACCAAAAAUAAUUUCUUGUCCUACCAUAGAAUCUCACUAACUGUGGUGAACCUGGCAAAUCUGAAAAUAACUAAACUGAUGUAACUUUUAUAUACUACCAUUUACCAUGCAUGUGAAUCAGAAGUUUAUAAGACUGGGAGAUCUUACUGAGUAGUCCAUUUGUUAAAAGGAAAACAAGGCUGCUUUAUCCUUAAUUGAGAACCAGUGUAUACAUUUGCUUGUACUCAACAUAGACCACAGUGAGGAUACAGCAUUUAAGAGUGGCUGCAAGUGAAUGUUUACCUUUUGUUAAUAUAUUUAAAGAAAUUGUUGCAGGAAAAUAAAUACAAUUCAAUACAUGUAUUAAUCAAAACGGAAAAAUAAUCGCACCACUCACCAAAAUUUAGUACAAUGAGAGACAUUCAUACUGAGAAGGCUUCAUUUUUUUCUCUAGGAAAUUCUUCAAGGAAUUCCCAGAUAGGAAAAGCAGGGAAACCAGACAAGUAAGUAAGUUAUCUGAGGUCCCAGGCCUUUCCACCCCUGCACCAAUUUGAGAAGUGAGUUUGGUGAUGAUGAUCAUUUCCAAAAUGGUAUUAACUUGCUAUCUGCACGAAGGUGAAAUUGAGCUCUUCCAUUUUCUAGCUCAUACAAUUUUGGCUGCUUAAAAAAUCCUGCCAAGCCGAGCCAUUGUUUGUUUAUUAGUUAAUCGAUUUUUAUACCCCCUCACCCAGAUGGCUCUAGGUGGUUCACUAAACCAAACACUCACUAAAGGUCAGGCCAAAAACAUAUGUUUUUAGGGCUCUUUGUAAGGCUGCUAAAACUCUUAAGCCUCUAAUAUCCAUAGGGAGCACAUUCCAAAGCCCAGGAGCAGCUACAGAGGAGUUGGUGGCAGCCAGAGACAGACUUCUCCUGAUGACGUUUAAAGUGCAGUUGGGAUCAUACUGAAGAAGGUGCCCUUCUAGUAAACCCGGUCCUAAGCUCUUUAGGAUGUUAAAGGUAAUUACCAGCACUUUGUAUUUUGCCCGGAAACAUAUCGUCAGCCAGUGCAGCUGAUUUAAAACAGGCAUAAUGUGGUCUCUCCAACAAACCCCGGAGACCAAUCUGGCUGCUGCAUUUUGAGCUAACUGAAGUUUCUGAAUGACAUACAAAGGCAGCCCCAGGUAGACCGCAUUGCAGGAAUCAUGACUAGCAGUAAGUACACCACAGUUUUGAGAUAUCUUCAAGGAACGGAUGCAGCUAUCGUCUCAACUGAAGUUGAUAGAAAGUGAUCCUGGCCAUAGCUUCUACCUGAGACACCAGGGUGAGGCCUGGGUCCAGAAGCACUGCCAAACUACGGACCUGUUCCUUCAGGGGGAGUGCAACCCCAUCCAGAACAGGAAAUACUUUCAUAUCCCUCAAAUUAUGACCUCUCACCAUUAGUACCUCUGUCUUGUUUGGAUUCUGCUUCAGAUUAUUAUCCCUCAGCCAUCCCAUUACUGCUUGAAGUACCUUGUACUUACGAUAAUACAAUGGGCCAUCUGGUGCCAAGAUGUGUAAAGGAAUCUUCUUCCUGUGAGUGAAUGGAAAAUCCCUGAAUGUGUGACUUGUCAAGCUGAAUGCAGUCCAGCAGUUGUCAGCCAGAAACUUGAUGAACCAAAUAAACACAUUUUGCUGCCUGCCUGGGACUACAAAAAGCACCUGACAAGCCACAGUACAUGGCUGAUGGUCUGCAUUUGGUAUGGUGGAUAACAAGUUGUCUUGGCUUGGAGCAGGUUUUUUAAAAUAGACCAGUCAGUGUACUGUGUACUGUAAAAACAAAGUACCAUUUGUGUUUGGUUUUUUUUUAAAAAAUGUGUGAAAUUAAUGUCAUAUAAGCUGCAUUCUGCAUUUUCUUCUUCCAGAUGUCAGAUAUUCUAUUCCCUUCCCCCCCCCAAACCACACACACACACACACACACACACACUCUCUCUCUCUCUCUCUCUCUCUCUCUCUCUCUUUGAUAAAUGUAUAGAAAUCUUUACAAGAUUGAAUGUUUCAGGAGCCUGAAUUUAUGCAGGAGUACCCAACACUGGAGCAGGAAGGGAACAGGAUCUUAAAGCUGUUAAAACUUGACUAAAUAUCUUUUCUCUUUUUUUGCCUUAGUGGGGAGAUGUGUGUAACGCUCUGCCUUGACAGGUUUGAAAGUUAUGCUGGAGGGGUCCCCUUUGUUCUUUUGCUGCUGUACUUGUCAGUGAUGUAAUAGGCCUCUUUUGCUCAUCUUUGAUUUUGUGUCUGGAAGACUAGUGGAAUGUGUGUACAGAACAGGACAUAUGAUACAUGAGCCGUUUCAUAUGAUAGCUUUACUGCUCUGCCUAAUUGUAGCUCAACAAGUCCCGGAGCAAAGGCAGCCAGUGCACAUGCCCAGUCUGUGUGUUGUUUCUGCUGCCAAUUGCACCUACAAAUCUUCUCUACCCAUCCCUACAGGAUAACAACCAAAGGGGGUGAGUUUAUAGGAUCAUUUACAGCAGGAAAACAUUACCAUGAUGCCACAUUGCUUCUUUAUUGUCCAUAUUGAUAGAACUUCCCCAAGAAUGCUUCCCAAAUGCUUAGCGAUUCUGCUUCAGUAUAUCUCAACCUAAAGAGAGAUUUUUCACAACAAUCCUCAGGUCAAUAUACAUUUUCACACAUGGAGACAUUUACAAACAAGUCCACUAUUUCUGUGUAAAUGGGAAACAUCACCUGGGCUCCUUUUCUUAGCUAUAAAUGAUUCCAUAAACUCACCUGGAAGUUUGUAUUACCAUUCCUGCUGUAUCAUGUAUGUGGGUAAGGAGAAAUUCACUGCAGGAUAUGUAAUGGGAUCACAUACAUGGCAUGAACUGAACAUGUUGGUAAGCAGAGGAAAUUAACAGGGUAUCACAUAUGUACAUUUGGUCUUAGUGGGUGGGGUACAUUAGGACACACUGAAUGCUGUUACACCAGGUAUAUGCUAUGUCAGACUGAACAUUGCACAUUUACCAGUCAGUGCACCCAUGAUGGGAUAAGUACCAUAUCCUAAGUUCCAAAGGUCCAUCAUGUUCAGAACUAGCCUUUGUGAUGCCAGUAGUACAAGCAGGUUUGGCUGUUGUCGGUGCUUAGCUGCUCUUGCUCACAACUCAUUGAAAAGAAGGCAGGUGACACUGGCUUGCAGCCUUCUCACAAAGCAGUGUGCUUGUGUGUGGUGUCUUCCAUUUCAUCCCUCUUCAGAAUGUGUUGCUAUGUCCCCAGUACCUUGUUGAGGACAAUGUGAGUAUUGUAUUUUUCAGGAACACUGAGAAUUGCAACACGUUUAUAAUCCAACCAUUUAAUCAAAGAAUAUUAGGGGUAAAUGGGAGAUGUGUGUCGUCGUCGUGGAAUGGAGAGCUGAUGUCAAACUAUUCCAUGGAUAAUGUUUUACUGGAAUAAUGAAGUGGCACAUUGCUGAAUGAAAAAACCAAUGCUAUUAUGUUAUUUUAAAGAAAUCUCUGGGCAGGAUCCAGGCUAAGGGCCAGUUCAGACAACCUGCAAAAAGUCCAAUUUCUGGAAACCUCCAGUUCCCGAGGAGUGUCCACUCCUGGAGGGUGUGUUGCCUGAACCUGCCAAGCUGUCUGCCUGACAUUCAUUCUCUGAACAACAUCAAAUAUUUAUAUACUGCUUUUCAACAAAAGUUUCCAAAGUGGUUUACACAGAGGAAUAAAAAAAUAAAUACGAUGGAUCCCUGUCCCCGAAGGGCUCGCAGUCUAAAAAGAAACACAAGAUAGACACCAGCAACAGUCACUGGAGGUACUGUGCUGGGGAUGGAUAGGGCCAAUUGCUCUCUCCCUGCUAAAUAAAGAGAAUCACCACAUUAAAAAGGUGCCUCUUUGCCCAGUUAGCAGGGGUCAAACUUGAACAACAUUAAAUGUAGGUUACAAAUGGGAGGAGAGUGUUGGAAGGUCCAACAUUCAGGUGGAAGGUCCAGGAAAUGGAGCUUGGCAGGUUCAGACAAUACAUGCACCGGGAGCAUGUACCCCACAGGAACGGGACUUUCAGCAGGUCAUCUGAAUCUGCCCUAAGUGAGUCAUGACUCAUUGAAACAAAUGGGACUCAAGUUAGUCACAUCUCAUUUGCUUCAGUGAUGUUUAGUUGUGAUUAACCUAGUAUGGAUCCUGCCCUGUGAAUCUACAUCAAUUAUUUUAGCACUGUUAUUAUUACUAGUUUAUAAAGCCAUAUUUAAACUUGUGCACUUGAGUGUAACUUACAUUUAAAUUGUGCACUAUGUUGAUCAAUGUAAAUAUAUGUGUGAAGAUCUGUAUAUUUGGUCUCAAUGCUAUAUGUAAUUGAUGUGUAAAUGAUAAUGAACAGGUAUCAAAUAUUUUGAGUGUGCAUCCUUUCUCUUCUUGCUACACAAUCACUUAUCAGUAUAGGAAAAGGAAGGCUCUUGUCCUUUAUAAAGAACCAGGUUCUUAAGCUCUCAUGGAUGCUAGCUGUGGAAAUGGAUAGCAGUAUAAACAGUGCUAUAACUGUUUACCGGUCUAAAAGUGUCAUAUUUUCUUGCUUCUGCAUUACCCUAUUAGGAAUUUACCAGUCCUACUAAUAAGGACUCUCUCAGAUGACGUCAAGGUGACUAAAAAGGGCUCUCCCAGAUGACAUCAAGAAGUGCUGUUCCUACACAGUUCCAAGUACCAUUUUGCUCGGCUUCCACACAUUUCAAGACUCAUUGUCCUUUCCAGUUCCAGUUUAUGCCCUAUCUAUAUGUAUAGCAGGGUGCUUGUGCAAUUUUAGCAGCACCACCUGCUGGGCAGAUCUUGCUUUUUGAGAAGAACCACCA